AUGGAGAUCUUUUCUCAGCCUUCCAUCACCCAAGGUUGUCCUCCAGACAAGUAUUUCUCAACCUUGGUAGAAGAGAUGGUGGUGGUGUUGAUGAUGAUGACGAUGACGAUGCUGCAGCUGGCCAAGCACAAGGGGGAGAUCCUUGGUGUGGUGGUGGUGGAAUCUGGUUGGGGCUCCAUUUUGCCCACAGUCAUCCUGGCCAACAUGAUGAAUGGAGGGCCAGCCGCCCGUUCAGGAAAGCUCAGCAUCGGAGACCAGAUCAUGUCCAUUAAUGGGACCAGUUUAGUCGGCCUUCCUUUAGCAACCUGCCAAGGAAUCAUUAAGGGUCUUAAGAAUCAGACGCAAGUGAAGUUGAACAUUGUCAGUUGCCCUCCUGUCACCACUGUCCUCAUCAAGCGCCCGGAUCUGAAAUACCAGCUGGGUUUCAGUGUUCAGAAUGGAAUUAUCUGCAGCUUGAUGCGAGGUGGGAUUGCAGAGAGAGGAGGGGUCCGGGUAGGACAUCGCAUUAUCGAGAUCAACGGUCAAAGUGUCGUCGCUACGGCUCAUGAGAAGAUUGUCCAAGCCUUGUCCAACUCCGUAGGAGAGAUUCACAUGAAGACAAUGCCUGCUGCCAUGUUCCGGCUGCUAACCGGUCAAGAAACUCCCCUCUACAUCUAA